ACCUGUCAGCUAAACAACGCUGGCAUUCUGAAACUGAACAAAUAGUUACCGUCAGCCCGGUAGGAACUGUACCGUUGUUUUACAGUACCGACUUGCCCGAGAAACAACUGUAGCUUCCCUGGAAUGAAGAAGUACCAUGGCCAAUGGGCGUGACAUAACGGUAAGGGCCCUGGGAGGAGGGGAUGAGAGAAGAGACCUCUCACGCAUCACCGGGCACGAUGACUGGACACACACACCCCCUCGCGGGCCCUCAUGCAAAAUUUAAAUCCCCCUUCCCGCAAGCUCAGCACUACAGUAUUCAAGGUGCGGCUCGAGCUAUAACAGGUGGAAAGGAGAUCAAGAACGACAACAAGAUUGUGUUUACUGACGCUAUUCUGACGCUUUUAAUGAAGAUAGGUAGAUCUACCUUGCAAAUAUAGACUGCAUUAAGAGAACCGUUGUGUGCCUGUGGACACGCACAAAAGGAUUCAUAGUUUUUUCGCCAACAGAAACUUAUUUAUUUAGUCAUUUAAAAAAGAAUCGCCAAAAUAAUUUUCUUUUUAAAGAUGGCAAACUCGGGAAUUCAACUUUUAGGAUUCGCCCUGUCACUCGUUGGUGUCAUUGCACUUAUCGUGGGGACCAUUCUUCCACAGUGGAAGAUGUCUGCGUACAUAGGAGACAACAUCAUAACGGCGGUUGCCAUGUACCAAGGACUAUGGAUGUCAUGCGCUUUUCAGAGCACAGGGCAGCUCCAAUGUAAAAUCUACGACUCGAUACUGCAGCUAGACGGCGCUCUCCAGGCCACCCGUGCCCUGAUGAUUGUUGGCAUCAUCGUAUCCAUCGCUGGGCUGGGCGUGGCCACCAUGGGCAUGAAGUGUACCACCUGCGGAGGAAACAACAAAGUGCGGAAGUCUCGCACCGCCAUGACUGGAGGCAUCAUCCUACUGGUUGGAGCUCUGUGUGCAUUAGUGUCCUGCUCAUGGUUCGCUCACAAUCUCAUCCGGGCCUUCUAUAACCCAUAUACUCCUGUCAACACCAAGUUUGAGUUUGGGGCAGCCAUCUUCAUCGCCUGGGGGGGUUCUUUCCUGGACCUGCUGGGGGGAGCCAUGCUGGCAUCUUCCUGCCCCAGGAGUAAAAAGCCGGUGCCCAAAUACCCUGUCAUGAGUGGCGUGAGUGCUCGCUCACCAUCCAGCAGCACCAAGGAGUACGUGUGAGCUAAAUCAUGCUGCCAGAUUAUAAUGAGAUUCACAGAAAUUGUUGUGAGGUUUACAGAUAUGCCCCCACCCCACCCCACCCCAACAGGACCGUUGUGAUGUCUCUCACCAGCUCCCAAAAUUCCACAAUUGUUUAUUAGUGGGCCUCACAAAUACACUAUAAUUGGUUAUUAGAUCCCACCUUAUAUUAUGUCUUAGGGUGCAUGUUCUCGUAUUACACAAACACACACACACUUCUCUUAUUACAGCCAAGAUGCAGCAUCAUGGCAAACACUCACCUCCCUGUAGGAAACACUGUCUACUUAAAUUAACAUUUCCAUUGUAAUUGAAGGUAGUCAAUUAAACUUGUUGUGGUGCUAAGGUCCUACUCUUGGCAUACUCAUGGGACAGCUAUGUAUGUAAAAUAGGAAACGGGACAAGCACACGACCAAUAUUUUUACAAUGGAGUUUUCUGUAGACAUGACCGUCUCCAAUUCUGUUCAAUGUUCAAGCCAAGUGGAACUUCACACUAGUUGUGAGUGAUUGUAUACGCUAUGGUGAAUCACCGGACAAUUCACUAUUGCACUCCAAAAGGAAGGGGGCUUUUCAUACAGGACUGCAAUGUACUCUGUCCCAUUAUAAAAUCUCUCAGAACAGUCAUUCUCAACAGGUACAUUAUUACAAGAAGUGUUUAUUUUUAUUAUUGUAAUACAUAAUAUACAGUGCAUUCGGAAAGUAUUCAGACCUCUUCCCUUUAUCCACAUGUUGUCACGUUACAGCCUUUAUCUAAAAUGUGUAAAAUACAUUUUUUCCUCAUCAAUCUACACGCAAUGUC